AUGCUCCAUCGCACGCUAUCCUGCGUUCUUGUCGCCCUUCACGCCGCGAGCAUCACCCUUCUUGCCCUGGCUCUGCCUUACCCCGAAAUCAACGUAACCGACUUCACCAUCACCUCAUCGUCCUCUGACGUCGUUGCUCGCACAGACCCGAUGCGCGCCGUACCCUUCACCCCUCUUCUGGCCCCUUUACGCUGCAUCGGCAACAAUGUCUUUUGCCUGAGCAUUCAGAUGGCCAACGAGGCUUACAAAGAGUUCCUUCACGUCGAUUGGGGAGGAUGGUCCUGGAUUGAGGAUACGCCCGGCCAAGAGUGGAGGACCUUCGGCUUUGCCGGCUCCUUCACCGGUUCGAUUCGAAUGCACUGCCGCCAGGACUCGGAAGAUGACUUCACCUUCUCCUUUGGCCAGCUCAAGUCGAGCUACAUGUCCACCUAUAGCCGGGAGCUGAGGGGCCAUACGUCGGAUGGGAAGACGAUGAGCGCAGUUUCAGCCAAACGAGCCGUUGCGACGAGAAAGUCUUGGGUCGACUUCCAUGUCUGGUGCAGGGACUGGGAGAACGUCAAGGCGCCCAAUGCCACCGGCCUCUUGUAA